GAUGCCAGCUUCCCUUUGUGGCUAAAGUCCUUAAUGACGAUUUGCUGCUGCGUAAAUGACUGCUACGUCCAAAAUGUGUCCAUCUCCACACUGCUGGAGGUGAUCAACCAUUCCCAGUCCCUGGCGCUUGUGAUAGAAGACAGAAUUAAGAGGUACAAAGUCUCUGGCCACAACCCCUUCUUUGGAAAGCUACAAAUGGUCACCCUUCCUCCCAUCGCCCCAGGAGUUCUAAAGCUCAUCUCGGAGAAAACAGAUUUCUAUCAGAGAAUAGCUUGUGUGCUCUGGAAUCAGCUGAACAAAGAGACACGGGAGCAUCAUAUUGCCUGUGUGGAGCUGUUCUACAGGCUCCACUGCUUGGCACCAUCAGCAAAUAUCUGCGAGGACAUUAUCUGCCAUGCACUUUUGGAUCAUGAUAAA